AUGGAAUCACGCCAGUAUUUUGGAUGUGGUGACACUGGUGCGGGCCUAUCCUACUCAUCUUCUUAUCCGUCUGUUCCUUCCAUGCCUAAUAGGUUGUUUGGCUCAUUGAAAUUUGAUAUAGGAAAUUCACCAAGCUCACCCUUUUCUACUCAAUUUGAUUGUGAUACUUACGCUACUACAUUAAGUGACAGCCAGGAGCGCUACAGCUCCACAGAUAAUCUCUCAGGUGUUAGUCCUUCUCAUAACUCUUCGCUUGAAUCCAACAGUUAUUUUAAUAGGCCGAGCCCUUCUGUGGACUGUCGACGAGAAAGUCUACAGCUCUUUUCUGGUGGCUCUUCGUCGUUGCAAGAUGCAAGUUCUAGCCAGAACAUAAAACACGCGUUGCAGGAAUUGGAGACUGCUCUAAUGGGGCCAGAUGAUGAUGAAGAUGUUGACACACCGAAUACUUCUUUGGGGGAAAGUAGCAAGCCACAGACAUCAGAUCAGAAACCUAGGGGCUGGAGCCAGGAGCGCCAAGGUUCUCAUGCUAUUCAGACUCAGACAUCUUUUGUUUCAAGGCAGAGGCAGGUAGGCGAAGGUGCUCAUGUUGAGAAACGCCAAAAGGCGAUGGAGGACUUAACUUUGCAUGGUGUUCCACCUGGGGAUCUGAAGCAGCUUUUGAUUGCAUGUGCUAAAGCUCUUGCUGAAAACAACUUGAAUGAUUUCAAUAAGUUGAUUGAGGAGGCCAGAAGUGUGGUGUCUAUCAGUGGAGAACCAAUCCAGCGUCUUGGUGCGUACUUGGUAGAGGGAUUGGUAGCAAGGAAGGAGUCAUCAGGUGCUAAUAUUUAUCGUGCCCUUAGGUGCAGGGAGCCUGAAGGCAAGGACUUGCUGUCUUAUAUGCAAAUCCUGUAUGAAAUCUGCCCCUACCUGAAGUUUGGUUACAUGGCAGCCAAUGGAGCCAUUGCUGAAGCAUGCAAAAAUGAGGACCGCAUCCAUAUAGUAGACUUCCAAAUUGCCCAGGGAACGCAGUGGAUGACCCUCCUUCAAGCUCUUGCAGCCAGACCAAGUGGGGCUCCACUUGUGCGUAUCACAGGUAUUGAUGACCCUGUUUCUAAAUAUGCCCGUGGUGAUGGUUUAGAGGCAGUUGCAAGACGGUUGACUGCAAUGUCUGAGAAAUUUAAUAUCCCCGUAGAGUUUCAUGGGGUACCAGUUUUUGCUCCAGAUGUGACGAAGGAGAUGCUUGAUGUUAGGCCUGGAGAGGCUCUAGCUGUAAAUUUCCCCUUGCAGCUCCACCAUACUCCUGAUGAGAGUGUUGAUGUGAACAAUCCAAGAGAUGGCCUGCUUCGCAUGAUCAAAUCUCUAAACCCCAAGGUGGUCACGUUGGUGGAGCAAGAAUCAAAUACAAACACAACCGCUUUCCUCACUAGGUUUGUAGAAACUCUAAACUAUUACUUGGCAAUGUUUGAGUCCAUUGAUGUGACACUGCCAAGGGAUCAAAAGGAGCGAAUCAGUGUGGAGCAGCAUUGUCUAGCAAGGGAUAUGGUGAAUGUCAUUGCUUGUGAGGGGAAGGAGAGGGUGGAGCGCCACGAGCUCUUCGGCAAGUGGAAGUCUAGAUUCAUGAUGGCAGGUUUCCAGCAAUACCCGUUGAGCACCUAUGUUAACUCUGUGAUAAGGAGCCUGCUGAGGUGUUACUCAGAGCAUUACACAUUGGUGGAAAACGAUGGAGCUAUGCUGUUGGGAUGGAAAGAUAGGAAUUUGGUAUCUGCUUCAGCCUGGCAUUGA